AUGACAUGCAGUGGGCAGCAAGGGCAGCAAGGGCAGCUGUCAAACUUCAACACCAGCCACCACACCUUGUUUUUGCCAACCCGACAGAAGUACAGGUCUCCACUCCUCUGGGCACAGGAGAGAGCCGUGGGUGCCAUCAGCAUGGAAUCUUCCACGGCACAUCGGUUUGACAACCUGCUCAAUUUUCGCGACGUGGGAGCUCACAUCAACAACAUUCUUGGUGUCUCAGCUCUCCGGCCAGGUCUCCUGUUCAGGAGUGCACGACCAGACGAUGCCAGUGUGGCCGACCGCGAUGCUCUGGUCAACAAGUACAAGAUCAAGACAAUCAUCGACUUGCGCUCCAAAACAGAACACAUCAAUGCAGCGAAGAAGCGGUCUGCAGCUGCCGUGGCGGUACAGCCAGCGGUGAUACCUUCGUCUGGCAACAGUGUCUCCAACCCAGUCCAAAUACCAGGCAUACGUUAUGCGCUCAUCAAUCUCAACGGUAAAGGCUUCGAACGGCAUCUCAUCUGGCAGCUGAAGUACACCAGUCUCGCGAAAUUGGUCUUCUUGAUGGCUCUGGGCUACCGGACGGAAGGGAUAUCGGUGCUGGGAAAGGAGUUGAUGCUACCACGGGGGCUUAUCGGCCUCGGAAUUGACACCCUUGAUCACAGCCAGCCGGAGAUCAAGCAAGUUUUCGACGUCCUCGCCGACGAGACGGCAUGGCCUGUCAUGGUCAAUUGCACUCAAGGCAAAGACCGAACUGGGAUGAUAAUACUGCUGGUCCUGCUGUUGUGCAGUGUUGAUGUGGAUGCCGUCAGCCAAGAUUAUGUCAAGUCUGAACCAGAACUCGAGCCAGAGAAAGAGGAGCGGAUGAAAGAGAUCGAAAGCAUUGGUCUGAAUGAGUCGUUUGCCAAAUGUCCGCCAGAUUUCUGUAGGAAGAUUGUCCAGCACCUCGAAACCACCUACGGCGGGCUAUCCCCCUACCUGGCCCGCGUCGGGGUUGACGCCGAACAAUCCGAGCGUGUCCGAUCCGUGCUCAAGGUCAGCUCGUAA